AUAAACAAACAUUUGUUUGCUGCUGGUGUUGUGGAAAGAAUGGAUUUAAAAAUUGAACUAUUUGAAACGGUACCUUGUUUGCUGUGUUUAAGCAGUCAGGAACACGCAAACUCUCUUUGCAGCGAGCUGGAACCGAAGGUGAUCUCGGUUUUGUGUCGCCAUUUCUGGUUCACUGCAGAGGACAUCCAGCAAAAGUACGUAUGCAGUGCGUGCUGGGAGCAGGUGGACGAAUUCAACACCUUCUACGAGCUAAUAGAAAGAAUACACCAUGCAGAAGAACAGAAUCAACACGAUGGAAGCAAACUGGAACCGUUACCAACGGAAGAUUCGUGUGCGUACACGGAAAGCCCAGAAACAGAUGAAAUUCACGAAUCCUUUCCAGAUGAUUCAGACUCGGAAACUGUUGUUAUUGAAACAGAAGAAUUGAAUUUGGAAGAAGUCAGUGGGGAAAGUGUCGUUCUUACAAUCGAACGGAAUACCAAAGAAUCUCCCCAACAAAGUGAUGAGAUCGAAACAGGACCAAACUUUAACAAUGUGAUCGAAUUCGAGCACCACGAAGAGUCUGAAGAUGCGACGCCUAACGGGCCAGAAGUGACGGAGAGCUAUAAAUGUGACCAGUGUGAUCGCGUGUACCCCAAGCGGCAUCUGCUAAAUAGACAUCGAAAGCAGCACGUUGCUGAAAAUGGCUUACAAUUCGCAUGUUCCGAAUGUGGAAACGAAUACUUAUCAGAAACGCGGCUACAGCAGCACAAAAAGCGUGUCCAUGGGCCAGGAUUUAUGUGUGACGCCUGUCCAAAGUGGUACAAAACUGGGGAAGCGUUGCGCCGUCACCAAAAAGAUAGCCACAAUCCGUACGAAACGGAGCGGGUAGAAUGCCACAUAUGCAAACGAUGGUUGAAAAACAAGGGCAGCCUCAGAAAACACUUGAAUCGACACAAAACGAGCGGAAUGCAAAACGUGUGCGAGAUCUGUGGAAAGGUCGCACCCACGCAUACGGCACUGAAAAGCCACAAACUGUUCGUGCACAAGAUGCAAAAGUCUUACCAGUGCAACGUUUGCUACAAAGCUUUCAAACGAGCAUUCACAUUGGAGGAGCACAUGACGAUACACACAGGCAGCACGUUGUACAAAUGUCCGCACUGUCCGAAAACGUUCAACUCGUCCGCCAACUUGCAUGGGCACAAGAAAAAAGCGCACCCGAAAGAGUGGGAAAGAAGCCGCAUUGAGUAUGAGAAGCGAUUUCUGAAACAGCGUUUGGAAUCCAGCAGCAGCAGCAGCAGUGCGAUAACGAGCGUCAUGCGGCCACGUAAGACGAUCCUGCUGGUCGGCGUGUUGGUCAUCUGGGUGUUGAUGACUUAUCUCGCGUUUAUGCGCUCCGUCCGGGGGACGGACGGUUCGCGACCCCGGCCCGCCUUCGCUAGCAACAAGCUGAUGCUGGAAAAGGUGCAGGACUUUGAGCAGAAUCUGAAAAGCUUUGCCGACAGCCGGCAGAAUUUGUACCGUGACAUUAUGAACAUUCUGCGGCGGACCGACAAGGUAUCGAGCGUUCCGGCGCAACCGAUCCCGGCUGUACCGUCGCAAGAAUCUCCCGGCCUGGCUGUGCUGGAAGCGGAGCUGCCGAAAGCACGACAAGCACCACCGGCAGAGGAAGAGGAUGGGAAAGAUGUAUUGGGCGUGCCGGCACCGCUCGCCCCCAUACCCGAGGCAGAAGACGGACGGCCCGAGGUGGAGCGGGUGCUGAGCAAGUUUCAGCAGCGCUAUCUCAACAACGAUCCGGCCUUCCCCGUCAUCCCGGUGGUCGUGUUCGCGUGCAACCGUAUCUCCGUCAACAAGUGUCUGGACGAUCUGAUACGCUAUCGACCGAGCGCGGAACAGUUUCCCAUUAUCGUGUCGCAGGACUGUGACGAUGAGGCGACACGCAACACCAUCCUCUCGUACCGGGACGAGGUGACGCUGAUCCAGCAGCCGGACCAGUCGGACAUACCCGUGCCGCCGAAGGAGAAGAAGUACAAGGGGUACUACAAAAUCUCGCGUCACUACGGCUGGGCGCUUCGGGCCGUCUUCGGGCAAGGGUUCGAUUCGGUGAUACUGGUCGAGGACGAUCUGAGCGUGGCGCCGGAUUUUUACGAGUACUUCCUCGGCACCUACCCGAUACUGAAACGCGACAAGUCGCUGUGGUGUGUGUCGGCGUGGAACGACAAUGGGAAGGAGGGAUUAAUUGAUACGACCGCGCAUGAUCUGCUCUAUCGGUCCGAUUUCUUCCCCGGGCUGGGAUGGAUGAUGACGAAAGAUCUGUGGGACGAGCUGGAACCGAAAUGGCCGAAAGCAUUCUGGGAUGAUUGGAUUCGUCAGCCGGAGCAACGCAAGGAGCGGGCUUGCAUACGGCCGGAACUGCCCCGGACGAGAACGUUUGGCAAAAUUGGUGUAUCGAAUGGUCUAUUCUUUGAUAAACAUCUAAAGUUCAUCAAGCUCAGCGAAGAGUUUGUUAGCUUUACCAAAACGAACCUUUCCUAUCUGGUGAAGUCUGCAUACGACGAUGCGUUCCUUAAAACCGUGUACCAGAGUCCGGUGGUAACGCUGGAUGAACUGAAGCGUGGCAUGGUAAUGACGCGUGAGCCGAUUCGCAUAGCGUACCACACCAAAGAGCAGUACAAACGGGCCACCAAAAACCUCGGCCUGAUGGACGAUUUUAAGAGCGGCGUACCGCGGACGGCCUACCGGGGUGUAGUUUCGUUCUUCUACAAUGGCCAGCGGGUGUAUCUGGCGCCGAGUGCAAACUGGAAGGGUUACGAUCUCACCUGGAGUUAACAGAGCGCUCCACUGCCCAGCCUGAUCUAGCAGCGCAGCAUUGUUAUCGUUUUGCUGCGCAACCUGUUUCCACGUGCGUUCGCUUCCGUGAAGAACUGACUUUUCUUACACACCAACACACACCGCACGCGUGGUAGAGGAAACACAGCACGAUGUCGUGGUGGCCUUUUUUGUUUUUUUUUUUUUGUUUUGUUUUAGCGUAAAUGUUGUAGGGGACGUUUAAAAAUGGAUUUCAAAAUUCACAUCGAUUGCUGACGUGGUGGUAUGAGUGAUGCAACAGCAAAAGCAACCACCAUUUGCUCACUUCCCUGCAAUAGUUUUGAUAUUGUUUUGCCUUUACUGCAAUCCACACACAUACGCAAAAGUGUUAAUCAUUCCCGUGCGUUGAACACCUGCAAAUAGCUAAGUUUAUCGCUAGUGUUACGCACUCUAGGCAAAAAUCCGCUCAAUUCCGCUGUAUGAACUGGCAAAGUGAUUGAAACAAUCACCAUCUUACUAUUACAUUUUAUGUUAGGGCAUUUAGGAUUUUUUUGUAUUUUUUAUAUUUUGUUUCAGUGAAACGAUUUUAUAGACAUCUAGAAGAAAGGUGAAAUGCUAGAAUAAUUACGUUACCCUUACUGCACUAUCCACUGAACAACCAGUCACCAGCCUGUUUAAGUGUAUCGUUAUUCUUUUCUAACUCAAUCACCAACUAUCAACACAGUUCCUUGCUAUCGCUAUCGUAUCUACAGUACGUUCCUUUUUUCCUUGCAAAGUUGCGUAACACCAACAAGUCUUCUACUUUUUGAUACUCGACCUGAUUCACAGAGCAUUGAUUUGUGAUGCAAGCCCAGGAGAACAGUUAGAAUUUAAGAAAAGUGCAUACAAAGCACACCCACUGCACUGCUUAUGCGCUGCAGCAGCUAGUCAAAUGAGUGUUUGUUUUGAAUGUAUGUGAUGCGUGUAUGCGUGCGUGUGGAACCACUCCACUUGCCACACAGCCGACAUGAAGAAUGCCAGAAUGCAGUUUCAGCCGUUAGCCAGACAACAACAAAAAACCUAAAAGCAAUACAUUUUGGCUCCAUCUUUUAGAAAUUUUGGGUAAUGAAACGUUUUAAAAAUUACAACAUAAAUAAAUGAUAGCAAAAAAUGCAUCACAAUUGAAAGGAUGGCUAGGGACAGUGGAGUCCUGUCGAACAGUGUAGUGUGUCUGGGAAAUUGUAUGUUCUGAAAGUGGGGAAUAGAAUUCAAAAGAAAGAGAGAGAGAGAGAGAGAGAGAGAGAGAGAGAGAGAGAGAGAGA